CCUAACUACUACUACGGGUACUAACGGACACCACCGCUAUUUACCGAUCGUAAACUCAUCUUCCUCAGCUGAUUUGUUCUUGUUUCUUGUUAAUAGCUUUGCGACAUUCGGCCUACCAGGUCCCAAUUAAAUCUUACGACAAUAUACCAAAUCUUAUGAUCGUCUAGAUCGUACCUUGAAGCGCCCAAACCAUUACAUUCAUAUAAAAUCGUUUAAUCCCAGGGUAAUACAUAAUGUCGAAACGACAAUUAGGCCAGUUCAUAUUACGGCCGCAACUUCGAAGUGCCAGCCGCCCGCCUCGACGAACGUUUACAACUACUUCAGAUAGGACUAAUAAGUCUCGUUGGGUUAAUAGAGUUGCCGUUGCUGCUAUUUCGUUAUCUGGCCUAGCUUACACAAUGGCAACUCAGAAACCAACCAAUUUCGAUGCUCGCACGCUCGCCGACCUUGAUGAACGAACGAAACGCGAAAAAGGCAUAGACGAGCACUCGCCCAUGCGUUUGCGCAUGGAGAAAUUUAUUCGCGAACAGCAAAAGGAGAUCGUCUUCGAGCUUGAGAAGGUGGAUGGUAUGAGCUUCCGCGAGGACACAUGGACCAGGGAGAAAGGAGGCGGAGGCGUCUCCUGUGUUUUGCAGGAAGGCAACGUAUUCGAGAAAGCUGGUGUGAAUAUCAGCGUUGUCUACGGGACGUUACCGAAGCCGGCCAUCUCAAAGAUGAGGGUCCACCAUAAAAAUAUCGCCGAAGAAGACGAGGUUGACUUCUACGCUCUCGGCUUAAGUAUGGUGCUGCACCCUCGCAAUCCUAUGGCACCGACCGUGCACUUGAACUACCGCUACUUCGAAACGAUGCGGCCGGAUGGUACCCCCCAAGCCUGGUGGUUCGGCGGUGGAAGCGACUUAACACCAAGCUACUUGUUUGAUGAAGACGCGGUGCAUUUCCACAAAACUUUGAAAGACGCUUGCGACAAACACAACAAGGAAUACUACCCUAAGUUCAAGAAGUGGUGCGACGAAUACUUUUCCAACACGCACCGAGGUGAGUCUAGGGGUAUAGGCGGCAUCUUUUUCGAUGACCUAGAUGAGACUGUUGCGGACGCCGACAACUCAUUUGCAUUCAUCCAAGAUUGUCUCAAGAGCUUCUUACCUUCUUACUUGCCAAUUAUCCAGAGAAGAAAAGACAUGCCCUUCACGGAGAAAGAGAAGGAGUGGCAGCAGGUGCGCAGAGGCAGGUAUGUCGAAUUCAACCUGGUCCACGACCGUGGCACAGCUUUCGGGUUGAAUGUUCCCGGAUCAAGAGUCGAAAGCAUCCUAAUGAGUCUGCCGUUGACGGCGUCUUGGCGGUACAUGUACGAACCGGAACCUAGAAGUCGAGAGCAGAGGCUCCUUGACGUUCUUAAGAAUCCCAAGGAAUGGGUUUAAUACUUGCUCUUUUUUAGAAGCUAACCAGAGGGUAUAUGGUGCUUGCAUUUGUAUUUAUACGGGACAGGCGCAAGAAAAGGAAAAUUCAUGAAGAAACGGUGUAUAUAAAAAAAAGAGAAACCUGUCAUAUAAAGCACUUUAAGGAUAUGAAUACCUUAGGUACCUUAGGUACGUAAUGUAAAGAGUCAUGAUUAAAUCACAUUACCUAACAUGUAAAUAAUAUCGCU